AUGUUAGAGAAGUCUUAAUUUACGAUGAAUUUCAAUACUCAAUUAAAAAAUGGGAAGAAAUAGAAAUAUAUGAAAUAGUGCAAGUCUUCAGAAACUAACAGGAAUUAUUAGUCAAGCUUAAAGAAAUCAAAAUAAUAUUUGGAUAAGGAAUCUGCUAUAAUAGGGAGCUCUAAUUCUCAGCAAAGGCCAAGAAGGCUGAAGAAAAAGGUUUCAAAAUAGAAUAUCCAAAUGUCAUCAUUGUAAUCCAAAUUGUCUCUCAAAUAAGAAUUACUCAAACAUAUUAAUCAUAAGCAAGUCGAAAAGCGAAAGGUUGAUAUCACUAAUCCAGAGGACUUGAGUACUAUGCAAUAAUAAUUGUUAUCGCAAUAAAUACAAUAGUAACUAUCUCUGGAAGACACAUAAUUAAGCCUUAUGAUGUAAUAGCAACAUGAAAUCACUAUGUAAUUUAUGCCAGAUAUUGUGAGGAUUGUCAACCAUUAUAUGAACAGUUAAAAUAAUAAUAACAAAUUGAAAAUAUUGAGCUAAAAAUAAAAGAAAGAGUAAGACAGAAUUAAAAGUGAAAUAAAGGAGAUGAGAGAUAAAGAGUCUUCGACAGUCAUAAACUUGGAAUUAAAAUACUAUUAGAUUCUAAUUAUAAAUGAAGAAUAAAUGUAGUAUUUCUAAUGUUAUAAGAAGAUUUGA